AUGACAGCUCCUAAUGUCCAUGAGACUCCGCCAAUAUCUGAAAUCCGUCUGCAGACACAGCAAAAAUUCGGCAUUCGGCCUUGUCUAUGGCAACUUAAAGUGGCGCAGGCACUUCUCAAAGGCAACCAGGAUGUAUUAUGCAUUGCAGGGACUGGGAUGGGUAAGACACUGGGCUUCUGGAUUCCAUUACUGUUCCGCGUCAACAGUAUUCAGCUCGUUGUCACCCCACUCAACUUACUUGGUAAACAAAAUGCCACGUCUCUUGCGAAGGCUGGAAUCCGCGCCAUAGCGAUAAAUGCUGAAACUGCCAGCGCUGUAAAUUUUUCGGCAAUCAAAGCCUUGAAGUACCGCGCCAUUGCAGUCAGUCCUGAGCAAAUAAUGAAACCAAACGGCGACUUUGAAAAACUUCUGAAGGACCCACUUUUCACUUCUUUCCUUGUCGGUAUUGUUAUUGACGAAGUGCACUGUGUCACGGAAUGGGGGGAGUUCCGCCCAGAAUAUCGAGAAUUAGGCCGCCUUCGUUACAUCCUACCAUCGAAUGUGCCAAUCAUGAUUGCUUCCACUACCCUCACGAAAGCUUCGUUGACGAGUACCACCCGGCUUCUCCAUAUGCACGCUGACAAGAUGGUUACUAUACAUCGUUCCAGUGACCGCCCAAAUAUCAAGAUCGGUGUCAGAAAAAUCAAACAUGCACUGAAUAGCUACGCCGAUCUUGCUUUCCUCAUUCCAACGGGCUGGAAGGUUGGUGAUCCCCCACCGCAGAAGUUCUUGAUCUUUUUCGACAGCAUUCCGGAUGCCAUAAACGCGGCUCUAUACCUGCGCAAACGCUUGCCUCCCGAUGUACAAGAUAAAAUUAAGUGGUUCAACGCAGACAUGACGGGAGAAUACAAAGAUGCAGAGCUCACGAACCUUAUAUCGGGUGCUACAUGGGGCUAUUGCACAACGGAUUCAUUUGGGAUGGGAAUGGACGUUCCCGACAUCAUGCUCGUCAUUCAAUGGCGAGCAUCGUGCAAACUAUCCACUCUUUGGCAGUGGUUUGGGCGUGCAGUUCGGGAUCGGAGCCUGCUGGGCACGGCAUUGUUGUUUGCAGAGAAGGAGCAUUUUGAUGAUGAACGACUAGCUAAACAGGCAAGGAAGAAGGCACAGGAAGCAAUGCGGAAGAGAAAGGGUGAUAACUUACCUACAUCGGUGUCAAAGCGCCGUGCUUUGGGAACCUCAUCAAAUACUCGAGCGGCUGAUUCCCAUGCACUACAGACUGUGAACGGCGGUGACAGCGACGAGUCUGAUCAGUCUAACGAAGAUGCUGUACCUCCCACAGAUGCAGGCCUGCAGGGAUUAAAGGACUUGAUGAAGGAUGCUGGGGAAGUGCAGAAAUACAAUGGUAAACGACCAAAGCUGAGUCUCAAUCCAUCAAUGGAUUAUCUCAUUAAUGCAGAAAAAUGUACUGGAUUGAUGUGUCGCAGGAAGGUCUUUGACGUCAGCUUUGAUAAUGAUGCUGCUGACUCCGACCAUCUGGACUGCAACACCGAGCAGCCGUCAGGGUGUGAAAGGUGCUGCCUCACCCAGCCAACCAUCUGCUGCGACAUCCACCACCCCAAUUAUUUUACGCUAUACACUUCUCAUGUCGCAAAACCCACAACUAUGCUUCCACGCUCCCGCAUCAGCAAGUACGAGAAGACAGCAAACGACUUCGCCUUCCAAGACGCACUAGAUGAGUGGCUCGAGCAGAAGGUGGUCGAGGUAUAUGGCUGGUACCACCUCAAUGACCUUGGCCCUACUAUCGUCAUGCCCAAUGCCAUGUUGGAUCGCAUCGUCGACUGCGUCCAUCACCAGAAGAUCCAGAACACCGUCGAUUUGAAGAAGGAGACGGGUUGGACUGAUGUGGAGAGUUUUGGGGAGGAGGUUGUUGCUCUCAUCAAGAAAUAUUCACCACUCCCUCAUUCUGCGCCAUUUGCAACAACACCACUUAGACCUAUAUCCACGACUUCUUUUGGUGGACCUGUCACCAUCCCUCAAUCUCUUGCGCCUGUCCCUGCCGCUGUUGAAAGACGGAAAAACCGAUGUAGCACUUGUGGUCUUGAAGGGCAUAACGCACGCAAUCGUGUUUGCGAUAGGCAUCAAUCACGCUCAGGAUCGAACAAGGAGAACCAUUCACCCCCACUCGCUCAAGGUAUACGUGUUACGACUUGGAUGGUAUCUGUUGGCGACGCUCAAACAGAGCUUGUGUCGUCAACGGUCUGUGGACGUCCUUGGGCUAGCCCAAGGUUAGGGGUCGUACUUGGCGUGUCUUCGGCAAGUACGAUUUAA